AUGGGUAAUGCCACAGAGCCUCCCCCUCCCUCACUCCCUAAUCCCCCCCCUCCCUCACUCCCUAAUCCCCCCCCUCCUCCUACUCUUCUCCCCCCUCCUCCUGCCCCUGCUCCCCCACCCUCCCCAUCCCCUCCACCCCACUCUCCCCCAUUUCCCCCCAACCCCCCGUCCGUCUCUCCCUCCUCACCUCCUCCCUCUUCUCCUUACACCCUCGGUCCUAUCCUCCUUGCUCCCGUUCUCUCCCCUCCUCACCCACCUCCCCACCCUCCUCCCCAACCCCCUCCGCACCCUCCUCCUCCUUUCCCUCCUCCAGGCUUCCCCCCUUCUCCCCCCAUUUCUCUCCUCCCUCCCAGCCCUCCAAAACAGCCUCCUCUCCCCCUCUCUCCUCCCUCCCCUCCUCCUCUCACACCCUCACCACCCCUAGCACAACCACCAACCAACUAUCCCGCACCAGAAACCCCACCACUCUAUUGCGGCUUCGACUCCUUCCUCCUCAACCUCCCAGCCUUCACUGCGCAGACUGCCACUUCACUCGUACUACAGAAGGAACAAGUGGAGCUCUAUUGCGGCUUCGAUUCCUUCCUCCUCAACCUCCCCGCUUUCACCGCCCAGACGGCAACCUCCCUCGCACUGCAGCAAGAGCAAGUGGAGCUCUAUUGCGGCUUCGACUCCUUCCUCCUCAACCUCCCCGCCUUCACUGCCCAGACGGCUACCUUGCUCACACUUGAGAAGGAGCAAGUGGAGGUGUGGGCAGUCAACUAUGACCCUGAUCCUGCCCCUCUUCCCCCACUUGUAACCCGGUUACCACAUGCCGUGCAGGUGUGGGCAGUGAACUAUGACCCUGAUCCUGCUGCUCUGGAUGUCACUGUCUAUCUCCUACCCCUCGCCUCCUCCUCUUCCCCCUCUGCCGCUGCUGCUGCUGCUGCUGCUGCUGCUGCCACUGCCUCAAUCGCUUCUGCUGCUGAUGCUGCAAGUGCCACUGGUGCCCAAGGGGCGACGAUAACCGCCCGGCAGCAGCCAAUCACGGAUCGGCUGAGUGCAGCAGAGGUGGAUCGCAUCCGACGGCUGCUGAUGAGCGGAUCGCUGGUGCUGGACCGGCAGCUGUUUGGGGCGUAUGAGGUCAUUCUGGUGCUCAAACCAGGGGUUCUGAUCCCUAUCUUAUCAACCUAUGCCCCCCUCGCUCCCACCCACUUUGUUCCCUUCUCCCCCUCUCCCCCACUUCUCCCCACCCUCAUUCUCCCCUGUAUCCCCCCCAGACGCCAGGAGAGGGAAGAGGUGCAGGCGUGGGCUGAAGGGGAGAGUGAUGACGACCAUUACACGCCGCUUGCAUCGGGGGCAGAGAGGCAGUGGGCAGGUGGAGGAGUGGCAGCAGCUGGAGCAGCCAGAGAAAGAGCAGAGAUUACAACUGGUUUAGGGAUAGCAGCAGCAGGAGCAUUUGCAGAAAGAGAAGCAGGAGGAGGAGGAGUAGGCAGAUUAGGAGGAGCAGGAGGAGUAGGAGGAGGAGUAGGCAGAUUAGGAGGAGCAGGAGGAGGAGUAGGAGGAGGAGGAGAAGCAGGCAGGGGAAAAGGAGCCCUAAGAGAAGGGUCCUCUAGAGGAGCCUCUAUGCAAGCCCUAGCCCCUUUUGCUGAAGCAACCUUCUCAUUCUCCCUCUCAGAACUCUACUCAGCCACUGGCGGUUUCCACCCGAGCAACCUGAUUGGCCGAGGCGGGUCCAGCCAGGUGUUCCGGGGGUGCUUGCCGGGCGGCAAACUGGUAGCCGUGAAAAGAUUCGAUUCGCCGCCCGGGGCGGAGAGGGAUUUUAUUACGGAGGCGCGGCUUCUGAGCCGGCUGAACCACAAGAACGUGGUGAAGCUUCUGGGAACGCGCGACGAGGGCGGCGUGCGUUGUCUUGUCUUCCAGCUAGCCGAAAAGGGAAGCCUGAGGGAGCACCUCCACUCCUCCGCCCUCCCCACCUCCACCCUCCCCACGAGCCUCCCCUCCCCCACCCUUCCCUCCUCCCACUCCGCCCUCUCCCCUACUCCCACCAUUCUAGACUGGACUACAAGGCUGAAAAUAGCACUGGGGGCGGCCCAGGGGUUAGCUUACCUGCAUGAGGACUCCAGUCCGCAGAUUAUCCACCGCGAUUUAAAGACGUCGAAUAUCCUGCUGGAUGCUGAUUGGACGGCCAGGAUUGCGGAUCUGGGGCUGGCGAGAGUGGUUAGGGAGAAGGUGGGGGGGUUGGAGUCCCAGCAUAUGCGAGGCACGUUUGGGUACAUGGCGCCUGAAUACGCGCUGACAGGCCGAGUGGCGACCAAGAGUGAUGUUUUCAGCUUCGGUGUCGUGCUGCUGGAAGUGCUCUCCGGCCGCCCUGCCCUCGUGCCUCUGGAGCAAUUUCAGACGGCUGGUGAUGCAGCAGCGGCAGCAGCAGCAGCUGUGGAGGGGAGUGCAGGGGUUGUAAACGGUGCAGAUGGUGCUGUAGGAGCUGUUGCAGAGGGAGCUGGGGCGGCAGCAGCUGAGGAGGAGAGUGCAGCAGUUUUGGAAGGUGCAGGUGCAGCAGCAGCAGGAGCUGCAGGAACUGGAGGGGCAAGGAAGGGUGUAUCGAGCAUCGUGGUGUGGGCCAGGCUCCUCCUCUCCUCGUACGUGCAAACCCAUAUGGCUGUGCUGUGUGUGUGUGUUGGGGGGGGAAGGGAGAGGGGGUUGGUUGGGUGGUGUAUCGAGCAUCGUGGUGUGGGCCAGGCCCCUCCUCUCCUCGUACGUGCAUGCAUGCAGUCCUGUGCCAUGUCUCUCCUCUCCUCUCCUCUCCUCUCCUCUCCUCUUCUCUCCUCUUCUCUUCUCUCCUCUCCUCUCCUCUCCUCUCCUCUUCUCUCCUCUCCUCUCCUCUUCUCUCCUCUCUCUCCUCUCCUCUCCUCUCCUCUCCUCUCCUCUCCUCUCCUCUCCUCUUCUCUUCUCUCCUCUCCUCUCCUCUCCUCUCCUCUCCUCUCCUCUCCUCUCCUCGCCUCUCCUCUCCUCUCCUCUCCUCUUCUCUCCUCUCCUCUCCUCUCCUCUCCUCUCCUCUCCUCUCCUCUCCUCUUCUCUCCUCUCCUCUUCUCUCCUCUCCUCUCCUCUCCUCUCCUCUCCUCUCCUCUUCUCUUCUCUUCUCUCCUCUCCUCUUCUCUCCUCUCCUCUCCUCUCCUCUCCUCUUCUCUCCUCUCCUCUCCUCUCCUCUCCUCUCCUCUCCUCUCCUCUCCUCUCCUCUCCUCUCCUCUCUCUCCUCUCCUCUCCUCUCCUCUCCUCUCCUCUCCUCUCCUCUCCUCUCCUCUCCUCUCCUCUCCUUUCCUCUCUCUCCUCUCCUCUUCUCUCCUCUCCUCUCCUCUCCUCUCCUCUCCUCUCCUCUCCUCUUCUCUCCUCUUCUCUCUUCUCCUCUCCUCUUCUCUCCUCUUCUCUCCUCUCCUCUCCUCUCCUCUCCUCUCCUCUCCUCUCCUCUCCUCUCCUCUCCUCUCCUCUUCUCUCCUCUCCUCUCCUCUCCUCUCCUCUCCUCUCCUCUCCUCUGCUCUCCUCUCCUCUCCUCUCCUCUCCUCUUCUCUCCUCGCCUCUCCUCUCCUCUCCUCUCCUCUCCUCUCCUCGCCUCUCCUCUCCUCUCCUCUCCUCUCCUCUCCUCUCCUCUCCUCUCCUCUCGUCUUCUCUCCUCUCCUCUCCUCUCCUCUCCUCUCCUCUCCUCUUCUCUCCUCUCCUCUUCUCUCCUCUCCUCUCCUCUCCUCUCCUCUCCUCUCCUAUCCUCUCCUCUCCUCUCCUCUCCUCUCCUCUCCUCUUCUCUUCUCUUCUCUCCUCUCCUCUCCUCUCCUCUCCUCUUCUCUCCUCUCCUCUCCUCUCCUCUUCUCUCCUCUCCUCUCCUCUCCUCUCCUCUCCUCUCCUCUCCUCUCCUCUCCUCUCCUCUCCUCUCCUCUCCUCUCCUCUCCUCUCCUCUCCUCUCCUGUCCUCUCCUCUCCUCUCCUCUCCUCUCCUCUCCUCUCCUCUCCUCUCCUCUCCUCUCCUCUCUCUCCUCUCCUCUCCUCUUCUCUCCUCUCCUCUCCUCUCCUCUCCUCUCCUCUCCUCUUCUCUCCUCUUCUCUCUUCUCCUCUCCUCUUCUCUCCUCUUCUCUCCUCUCCUCUCCUCUCCUCUCCUCUCCUCUUCUCUUCUCUCCUCUCCUCUCCUCUUCUCUCCUCUCCUCUCCUCUCCUCUCCUCUCCUCUCCUCUCCUCUCCUCUUCUCUCCUCUUCUCUCUUCUCCUCUCCUCUUCUCUCUUCUCCUCUCCUCUUCUCUCCUCUUCUCUCCUCUCCUCUCCUCUCCUCUCCUCUCCUCUCCUCUCCUCUCCUCUUCUCUCCUCUCCUCUCCUCUCCUCUCCUCUCCUCUCCUCUCCUCGCGCAUCUCUCCAUGCAUGCCUGUCGACUCAAAAGUCAUCUCUCCCACCAACAUCGAGCAGGGCCUGCGCCAGCUUGCCGACCCUCGUGUGGGCGGCACGGCACGGCAGCUAUUCACUCGAUUCCAAAAGCAAGGCCUGCGUUACUUCGCCGACCCCCGUCUGGGCGGCAGCUAUCCACUCGACUCCACAAGGCCUGCGACACUUCGCCGACCCCCGUCUGGGCGGCAGCUAUCCACUGGAGGCCAUGGCGCGGGCGGCAGCCAUAGCCAUGAGGUGCACGGAAAGCGAGCCUUCAGCACGACCAUCAAUGGGGGACGUGGUGCAAGCGCUCCGAGCCAUCGCGUUCGAGCACUCGCCCAUGACCAGGUGCGUGUGCUGCUGGGGCCACCGCACCCCUUCCUCUUCCUCUUCCUCUUCUCACCAUCAACCUCCUCUGCAACCCCUGCGCUGGAGGCCAUGGCGCGGGCGGCAGCCAUAGCCAUGAGGUGCACUGAAAGCGAGCCUUCAGCGCGGCCAUCAACGGGGGAAGUGUUGCAAGCCCUCCGUGCCAUUGCCUUGGAGCACUCGCCCAUGACCAGCUUCUCCACUGGAAGCCAUGGCGCGGGCAGCAGCCAUAGCGAUGCGAUGCACGCAGACCAACUCACAUCUGUCCUCUCCUUCUCAUACUCACAUCUGUCCUCUCCUUCUCAUACUCACAUCUGUCCUCUCCUUCUCAUACUCACAUCUGUCCUCUCCUUCUCAUACUCACAUCUGUCCUCUCCUUCUCAUACUCACAUCUGUCCUCUCCUUCUCAUACUCACAUCUGUCCUCUCCUUCUCAUACUCACAUCUGUCCUCUCCUUCUCAUACUCACAUCUGUCCUCUCCUUCUCAUACUCACAUCUGUCCUCUCCUUCUCAUACUCACAUCUGUCCUCUCCUUCUCAUACUCACAUCUGUCCUCUCCUUCUCAUACUCACAUCUGUCCUCUCCUUCUCAUACUCACAUCUGUCCUCUCCUUCUCAUACUCACAUCUGUCCUCUCCUUCUCAUACUCACAUCUGUCCUCUCCUUCUCAUACUCACAUCUGUCCUCUCCUUCUCGCCCCUCUGUUCCACUCGCCUCCCCUCCUCUUCCCCUCUCUUCUCCCCCUCUCCAGGACGCUUCUUGCCCCUCUCCUCUCCCUCCCAUCACUUCUCCACACCAACCCCUCCACCAUCCUCUCCCCCAGUCCUAUUUCCCCCCUCCCCAAAACGCCCCUACCCCUUCACCCAUCCCCCCCUUGAUGCUGCCCCCCAGUCAUUCUCAUUCCGCCUCUCUCCACCCCUCCGUACCCCCCUUAACCUCACCGCACCAUGUCUCAACCACUCACCAACCUCCCACAUCCCAACAGCCCGUCACCGCUCUCCACCUCUCCACACCGCUGCACCAACUCCCCCACCGCUCCACACCCCAACCCAUCCCAGGCGAGGCCUCAGCGUCAAGUUCGGAUCUGUCGAACCUGGCAACCCGGACUGGUUCGGCCGGACCAGCCGCCCCCCCUGCCGGCCCCCCUGCUGCCUCCCCCUAUGUCUCCCCUUCCGCCUCCCCAGAUGCCUCCCCCUAUGCUUCCCCCUACGCCACCCCCUCUGCUGCACCCUCCUCCCCCUCUGCUGCUCCCUCCUCCCCCCUGCAUCUGGGUGACCUCUCCCCCCAGUCAAGAGGCGGCAUUCCGAGGCUGCUCAGGAUGAGCAUUCGAGGACUCGACUACAGGUCUGAGCUCAUCGGAACUCCAAGUAUUGCAGGUCUCUCUUGUGUCUCUUGUUUCACUUGUCCCGUCUUUCUCUUCACAUAA